AUGGUCUCCCAAGCAGCAGCGGCGAGCUAUGUCGCCGAAGACAGGCCUUUUGUGCCAGGUACCGUACACCUGGUUGACUUGGAAGGUACCAUGCGAGCGAAGCAUGCGAAAGGCCACAAAGACAUUGUCCUUGUUCCAGCUCCGAGCAAUGACCCGGAUGAUCCGCUCAAUUGGAGUCGUCGCCGCAAGUUACUGUCAACGUCCUGUAUGUGUGUGUACACAUUGAUGGUGGGCAUCGCCUCUGCCGCCAUUUAUUCGGUGCUGGUCCCCAUCAGUGAGGACACUGGCAUGUCGCUUGGAGACCUGAAUUCCGGUACUGGGUACAUGUUCCUGUUCUUCGGAUGGGGUUGUCUUUUCUGGCAGCCACUGGCUCUUCAAUACGGCAAACGGCCCGUCUACCUCAUUUCCCUGAUCGCCACCAUCUGCAUUCAGGUUUGGGCCGGCUAUACCACAACAAACGGACAAUGGAUUGCGAACAAGAUUCUUCAAGGCUUCUUUGGCGCCCCUAUCGAGUCGCUGUGUGAGAUAUCCGUCACCGACAUAUACUUUACGCACGAACGCGGCUUCUACCUCGCACUGUACGCCCUGUUCCUGGCAGGUUCCAACUUUUUUGCGCCCAUCAUCGGCGGCUUCAUUGCCGAUGGCAUGGGGUGGAAAUGGGUGUUGUACUGGGCAGCCAUAUUCAACGCCAUCGGGUUUUUCUACUGCUUUCUUUUUCUGGAAGAGACCAACUAUUCGCGCAAGACAAUCACCGGGCAAGAAUCCAAGGAGGAGGCGAGCGGUACACAGACCCCCGAUGUGAUCCCAACAGAGGGCGGAGCCGUGGCCGCCAACGAGAAGACGGCCAUCGACACCCCAGUUCCCGCGGCCGAAGAGGACCUCGGCAUCAUCCACCCGACCAAGAAGACAUAUCUGCAGAAACUGAAGCUCUUCCAACCGGGAGCCUUCUCCAAGAAGAACGAACUCGCCGGCAUGAUGACCAGACCGCUCAUGUACAUGUUCACUUUCCCCGUGGUGGCAUAUGCCGGGUUUUCCUACGGCAGCAAUCUGGUCUGGUUCAACGUGUUGAACGGUACAGCGUCUUUGAUUCUCUCCGGAUCUCCCUACAACUUCCGCGCGUCCAUGGUCGGUCUCAGCUACGUCAGUCCUCUGAUCGGCGUGUUCAUCGGCGCCGCCUACACGGGCAUGUUCGGCGACUGGUUCAUCAUCCAGUUCGCUCGGAAGCGCGGCGGCAUCAUGGAGCCCGAGAAUCGACUGUGGCUCUUCACCAUCUCUCUGCUGGCCAUCCCGUUCGGGCUCAUCCUAUGGGGCGUCGGGGCGGCGCAUCACGUCCACUGGUUCGGCCUCGUCUUCGCCAUGGCCAUUAUUGCCUACACCAACACCGUCGGUCUGCAACUCAGCAUCAGUUACUGUGUCGACAGCUACCGCGAUCUCGCCGGCGAGACCAUCAUUACCGUCAUCAUCAUCCGCAACACCAUGUCCUUUGCCAUCGGCUACGGCUUGACUCCGUGGGUGGAGAAUAUGGGCUACCAGGAUGCCUUCAUCCUCGCCGCUUUUGCCGGCCUGGCCCAGGUGCUGACCUUCCUCAUCUUCGUCAAGUACGGCAAACGGCUACGCAAGGCCUCCACCGACACUUAUCUGAAGUACGUCAAGGAGAUUACCGACGCAGGCCUCACUCAUUGA